UUAAGUUACAUUAGUAAAUUUAUAAAAAAUACAAAAAUGAAAAUAUCAAAUUUGCAAGAUUUUUAUACAAUUAAAUUAUUGUAAAUAAAUACUCCAUUUCAGAUUCUCAUUGUUAAUUAUUUCUAUAAUCUUUACUUUUUAAUUAAUCACUAGUAGUUUCUAAAUUUAGAUUCCUCUAAGAAUAAAGUAAACUGGGCUCAGAAUACAUGUAGUAGUAAAUAACUUUAAAUAGCAAUGGGAAUACAAAACAGACACAAGGGGUUAUUCGUUAGUAAAGGAACAACCAUUUUAACUGCAAAACCCUUUGCUUAUGUUUUACGGUCCUUAUAUCAUAACGAACGAUGUGACCAUUGUUUACAAAGUGGAAAACUCUUCAGAUGUUCUGCUUGCCAAUAUGUUUAUUAUUGUAACCAGUCUUGUCAACAAGGCUCUUGGCCUGUUCAUAGCACAGAAUGUGCAAAUUUAAAAAGAGUUUCACCAAAAAUUGUGCCAGAUAUGGCACGACUAAUGGCACGUAUAAUUAUAAAGCUAAAUCAAGGUGGAAGUGAUGAAAUAGAAUAUUACAGUAAAACUAAAUUUAGAAAAUUUAAGGAUUUAAUGUCCCAUUAUUCUGAUAUAAAGAAAGAUGAAAAGAAAAUGGAACAUUUCAUGUUUCUCUGUGGUGUUUUGUUUGGAUUUCUUGGAGAUGGACCUAUUCUAAAUUCUGCAGAAUUAAUGGGUAUUUAUGGCAGAAUUUGUAUUAAUUCUUUUAAUAUAUUUGAUUUGGAUAUGAAUAGUAUUGGUGUUGGAAUUUAUCUGGCACCUUCUAUUGUGGACCAUAGUUGUAUACCUAAUGCUGUAGCUACCUUUGAGGGAACUACUAUAAGUAUUAGAACCAUAAAAGAUCUUCCUUGUUUAGAUUGGUCUCAGAUAAGGAUAUCAUAUAUUGAUGUACUUAAAACAACAAAAGAGAGGCGUACUGAACUACAAAGUUCAUAUUAUUUUUGGUGUAACUGUAAAAAAUGUGAAGAACCAGAACCAAUGGUAGAAGCAGCUAAAUGUCCAAAUAAAUUGUGUAAAACUCCUUGCUUUCUUGACAUAGAUAGCUGUUCAGAAUGUAACACAAAAUUAUCAGAAAAAUUUAAAGAAACUUUUAAUGAAGUAUCUAGUUUUACAGCACACCAUUUACAGAACAUGAAAAAUAUGGCUUAUUUAGAUGUAAGUAAGAUGUGCCUCGAAAAACAAGAAGACGUUUUAUAUUCUCUAAACUUACAACAUGUACAAACUUUACAAACUGCUUUUGAUUCUUCUAUAAGUUUGGAACAUUGGGAAGAAGCUGAGUACUAUGCUAAGAAACUAAUUACUGGUUACUUAGUGUACUAUGGAGAGAUUCAUCCAUUGACUGGAUUAUUAUACCUUAUGAUAGGAAAGAUUCAGUUAUAUUUAGAAAAGCCAAAACAAGCUUUUGAAGCAUUAAAGAAAGCAAAUGGAAUAUUGGCUAUUACACAUGGAGAACAGCAUACGUUAAUUCGGGAAAAUUUGAAACCUCUUCUUUAUCAGGCUACUAUAGAAGGACUUAAAUAAUGUAUUUUUUUUUUUACAUUUAAUAGGAUAUAAUUGUGUAUAAUAUAUUGACAAUGUGUAAUUUGUAGUAAAUCAUUCUAAUAUCGAACAAAAAUGAAAUUUCUAAUCCUAACAGAAAAGUCAUUCUUGUUAAUCUAUGAAAUAUAACAGCAUAAUAGUAUAACAAUACAAUGUAAACAUUUAAAAUGUCAUUUUCAUUACUACCAACCUUAAAAUUUAGUUUCUCGUUCAUUCUAUAG